AUGUUCUCCGACCUGAGUGCCCAGAAGGACGGCUCCUCUCUGCUCUGCCCCCCGGCCUCUGAGGACCAGGGGCCGGUGUUUGAGAGAGAGAUCCCGGUCUACAAACCCUGCUCGGAACGCUACGCUGUUGGGGAGCGGAGCUUCAAUCGUCAGUAUGCUCACAUUUACGCAGCUAGACUCAUGCAGAUGAGGCCCCUGCUAUCAGAGAGAGCGCAGCAGAAGUGGGGAUCAGGUGUGUCUAUCAAGAAGCUGUGUGAUCUGGAGACAGGAGAGCAGUGUUGCAUUGUGGGAACUUUGUUCAAACGUAUGGACUUGCAGCCUUCUAUCCUCAGAGAAAUCAGUGAGGAGCACAACCUCCUGCCUCAGCCUGCACGAGCCAAAUACAUUAAUGAAGCAGAUGAGCUGAUUCUGGAGGAUGAGCUACAGAGGAUAAAGCUCGAGGGUAAAAUUGACAGAGACAAGUGCGUCACGGGUAGUGUUGUUGCAAUAUUUGGAGCUGAAAAGAAUGAUGGCAAGUUCACGGUUGAGGACUUUUGCACGGCAGAUCUCCCUCCACAGACACCAAGGCCUGCACUCAGCUCUAACAGGUUUGUGCUGCUGGCCUCGGGCCUCGGUCUCGGCAGUAGUAACGCUGACAGCAUGUUGGCGCUACAGCUGUUGGUCGACAUGGUAACAGGGCAGCUGGGUGACACGGGAGAGCAGAGUGGGGCAGCAACAAUUUCCAGGGUUCUACUGGCUGGAAAUCUGCUAAGCCAAAGCACCCAGGACAAGGACACAUCAACAAAGGCCAAGUACCUCACAAAGAAGACCCAGGCUGGCAGUGUGGAAGCCAUUCGAUUGCUUGAUGAGCUGCUGCUUCAGCUGGUGGCUUCGGUGCCGGUGGAUGUAAUGCCGGGGCAGUAUGACCCCACCAACUACACGCUCCCUCAGCAGCCCCUCCACAGAUGUAUGUUUCCCAUGUCCUCUGUGUACCCCACACUACAGCUGGCCUCCAAUCCAUAUGAGGCCACCAUCGAUGGAGUUAGGUUCUUGGGCACUUCAGGCCAGAAUGUCUGCGACAUUCAGAGUUACAGCAGCAUGGACAGUCACCUGGAGAUAUUGGAGGAAACACUUCGGCUCAGACACCUGGCCCCCACAGCACCUGAUACUCUAGGUUGCUACCCGUUUUAUCAAAAAGAUCCUUUCAUCUUGGAAGAUUGUCCCCAUGUUUACUUCAGUGGCAAUGCCCCAGCUUUUGACUCCAAGCUCAUCAAAGGUCCUGAUGGUCAGGAAGUCCUUUUGGUUACUAUUCCAGCGUUCAGCAGCACUCAGACAGCAUGUCUGGUCAAUUUAUCCACACUACAAUGUGAACCAGUUUGCUUCUCGGCCUUCUCCGCUGAUGAAGAUGAGGAAAGUGAGAUGACCGUCACUUACUAA